AUGGCGUUCCCCUUCUUCCCGGAGAGCCAUCCGUCCAUGACUGUGGAGAACUAUGCUUAUAUGCGACAGCUCCUGCAGCAUCAAACAGCGCUACACGACGACAGGCAAGAGGCGGCAGAGCACGCAGGGCAGAGACCCCCUUCGUCAAGUACGCGCAGACGGUCGUCUGAGCUGUCAAGCCUACGACUUCAGCGAAGUGGAAGUGGAUAUGGAGUGCAGCGGGCCAGGCAUCCAUCGAAACUAGCCCGAAUUUUCAUCCCCGCUAAAGUUCAAAAGUCCAAGUCGGUAGAAGAUCGGCGCGGUUGGAAUGAUGAUCGCUACACUGGCGGUGCCUCUUGCAUCUUACCCCCGUUCAGCUCCGCAACCACCUCAACAGCGACUCGACCAAGCACUUCAACAACUACUACAAUCUCCACAACAACGACGUCCGCUGCCGAUCCAGCAAAGCACAUCUUCCGUUUAUACUCUGCUCUACUGACAAACCCGUUCUCUCUGGAAUUCGAGCUGAAUCCUCUCCUCCUCAACAUUAAUCACCCGCUGCUAUCUAAGCAACAUACUAGAUGGCGUCAUCUCAGGGUCCUUGACCUAGGCGGCAUUGAAGGCAGUAUGCUUACACCUCUUCCCGACACUCCUUUGUGUUACAAGCCUUUGCUAAUUCUAGGGGAAACAACAAGGCUUGUACACACAGACGAUCGCUGGUCUACCUUAUGUUGCCGUAUGUCAGCUCACACAACCGCAGCUAUCGACAAACUUUUCGCCGUAUUUGCCCUUUAA